AUGGAUUUCCUUCUUAUUGGUGUCUGUUUAAACUGGCUGCUGAAAAAGCCCCCAGGAUUGAUCCUGUGUACCCUCGGUGUUUUCUCCAAAAUGCUUCCAGCCGUGCAUACCGGGUGUCCGCAGCUUUGUCGGUGUGAGGGCAGGCUUUUGUACUGCGAGUCGCUGAAUCUCACAGAGAUGCCGCACAACCUGUCGAGCGUGAUGGGUUUGUCAUUGCGGUACAACAGCCUUUCUGAGCUGCGUGAUGGACAGUUCACAGGGUUGACACAACUCACGUGGCUCUAUCUGGAUCACAAUCACCUUUGCUCCGUGGAGGGAAAUGCCUUUCACAAGCUGCGGCGAGUUAAAGAACUCACUCUGAGUUCCAACAAAAUCACCCAGCUGCCCAACACCACUUUCCGGCCAAUGCCGAACUUGCGUAGUGUGGAUUUAUCCUACAAUAAUCUGCAGGCUUUGGAGCCAGACCUGUUUCAUGGGUUGCGCAAGCUAACGACGUUGCACAUGCGGUCCAAUGCCAUUAAGUUUGUGCCUGUUCGAAUCUUCCAAGACUGCCGCAGCCUGAAGUUUCUCGACAUCGGAUACAAUCAGUUGAAAAGCCUGGCUCGGAACUCCUUUGCGGGCUUGUUCAAGCUCACCGAGUUGCACCUGGAGCACAAUGACUUGGUGAAAGUGAACUUGGCCCAUUUCCCGCGGCUCCUCUCUUUGCACUCUCUCUGCCUACGGAGGAAUAAAGUCACUAUUGUGGUGAACUCCUUGGACUGGAUAUGGAAACUGGAAAACAUGGACCUCUCCAGCAACGAGAUAGAAUACAUUGAGCCUCAUGUUUUCGAAAGUGUACCUCACCUCCAGUCCCUUCAGCUGGAUUCCAACCGACUCACCCACAUUCACCCAAGAAUCCUCAACUCCUGGAAGUCCCUCAUCAGCAUCAGCCUCUCGGCAAACAUCUGGGACUGCAGCCGAAACAUUUGCGCUUUGGCCUCUUGGCUCAGCAAUUUUAAAGGCCGCUACGACAGCAACUUACUCUGUGCCACCCCUGAAUAUGCACAGGGCGAGGAUGUCUUAGAUGCAGUCUACGCUUUUCACUUAUGUGAAGAUGCCACAGACCUAACAACUGACGUGAGCCUCCUCUCUGCUGUGGCAAACAACAGUGACCCAACAGCCAGCUACAGCCCUUCGACUCUGAACUAUGACGUGCAGGACACAGAAGGAGACAGAACAACCAACGCUGUGACAGUCCCUGUACCCAACGAGAACACUGAGAAUGCUGUUCAGAUUCACAAGGUGGUUACUGGGACCAUGGCCCUCAUCUUCUCUUUCCUCAUUGUGGUUUUGAUACUGUAUGUUUCAUGGAAAUGUUUCCCAGUCAGCCUUAGGCAACUGAGGCAGUGCUUGGUGACCCAGCGUAGGAAGCAGAAACAAAAACAGACUAUGCAUCAAAUGGCUGCCAUGUCAGCCCAGGAGUAUUACGUUGAUUAUAAACCCAACCACCUUGAAGGAGCUCUGGUGAUCAUAAAUGAAUAUGGAUCCUGUACGUGCCACCAGCAGCCAGCAAGGGAAUGUGAGGUGUGAUUUUA